CAUUGAAAAUUAUUGUCGGCGUUUCGCUUGGAAGUUUUCCUGUCUAGGACUGGCAGAAAAAUACCGAAAAUGGCUUUAAAAUCAGACCGUAUGACUGAGCUUAGUGCCUAUAGAGACCAGCAUUUUAGGGGCUCUAUGGACCAACAAGAACGAAAGCUGAAAGACUCGAGCACUUUGUAUGUAGGUAACCUGUCAUUCUACACCACGGAGGAACAAAUCUAUGAGGUCUUCUCUAAGUGCGGUGAUAUCAAGCGUGUUGUUAUGGGGCUCGACAAGGUGAAGAGAACGCCCUGCGGUUUUUGCUUCGUAGAAUACUACAUUCGGGAAGACGCAGCCAACUGCAUGCGAUAUGUGAGCGGGACACGUCUAGACGAUAGGAUUAUCAGGACAGAUUGGGAUGUAGGCUUUCAAGAAGGGAGGCAGUUUGGUCGAGGGAAGAGCGGAGGACAGGUCAGGGACGAGUACCGUACAGACUAUGAUGGUGGACGGGGUGGCUAUGGUAAAGCUGCUCUCAAACAGCUCACCGGGGGCAAAGAGAAGCAACGUUUCCAGCAGUGGGUCAGCUGAAACUUUACAUGGACACCAAUCCCAAGAGGAACU